AUAUUCAUCAAGAUUCCCACAUCUACAAUCCCUUCUCGUUAGUCUCAAAAAGAAAGCUGUCAACUCGCAUGAACUUCCCACCACACGUGUCAUCCCCUUCCCACACGCGUCACUCCUCCCCUCCCUCUUAAAACCCUAACCCCGCUCUCACCUUCUCAACCAAAAAUCUCCAAACCCUAACCCUAAUGGCUGAUCAAAAGUCCGAUCUCCGCCACACCGGCGAGGAAAUCAAGCACUACUUACGCGACAAAAGCCCGCCGGCUUCCAAAGCCGUGGCCGCCGUUAUGCUCUUCCCCGUCGGCGGCUUCCUUCUCGCCAUAUCCGCUCUAACCCUAGUCACCACGGUAGUAGGGCUGGCGGUCACCACACCGCUUUUUUUCCUAUUCAGCCCAGUUCUCGUCCCCGCCGCGGUAGUCAUUGCGCUCGCCGUGGUAGGCUUUCUCGCCUCCGGCGCCUUCGGGCUGACGGCGGUGACGUCGCUGUCGUGGAUCGUGAACUAUUUGAGAAGUCGCAGCGGGCAGGUCGGGAGCUCGGUGCACGAGCAGGUGGAGUACGUGAAGAGGAGGGUAGGGGAGGCGGCCGGGCAGGUCGGGCAGGUCGGGCAGAAGAGUAAGGAGGUGGGCCAUAGCGCUCAGAGCAAGUAAAAAAGUACAUGCAGUACGGUUAUAGUACUUUGUGUACUUGGAAGAAUAUUUAGUACUUGUAUGCUUUAUUUUGUUUUUUGUAAUUUUUUUUUAAUGUUGGUGUUUGUUAUUGGAGAAAUUAUUUUGUGCGGAAUCAGAAUGCAUUCUCAGACGAAUCUGGAUGCGCCACGUUACCGAAUGUAUUGGGCCCCGGUGAUGUGGCAUGCCCAGAUUCGCCUUCGAACACGUUCGGAUUGCGCACACAAUAAUUUCUCUUGUUAUUAUGGUUUAGAAGUGGUGAGCUUAUGCUUUUGCAUGCUAUGUGUCAAUGUACUUUUUUUUUUUUUGAGGUAUUUCAUUAUUAUUGUGGCUUAGAAGUGG